UACACGAGCAGCCACUGUAAGAGGACUGCAGCUCCACAGCUUAGAUAUGAGGCAAAACCCUGGUAGAUUCAAUUUUUCUGAAUCACUGCUGGACCUCUACGUCUGAUAUUAUUGGCUCUGCUUUUCCAUUGGAGCUCAAUAUAUGUGACUAUUAGCUAGAGAAUACUGACUUAACAAACACAGUGUAGUUGAUUAGUGAAGGAUCAUCUAUUUACCAGACUGACGGGAUGAGGAGGAGACUGGCUCAGAUCGUUGGUCUGCUGCUCUGCACACUGGGCUGGGGCUUUGUGUGCUGCACUCUUGCUCUAGACCACUGGAGGGUGGCCCAGAUGGGGGGUGAAGGGGGCUCCUCUGUAGUGGUGACAGCCUGGUACUGGUCUGACCUGUGGAAAGACUGCUAUGAAGACUCCACAGCUCUGGUGAACUGUGUAGACUUCGGGGUGCUGUGGAAAGUCAAAUCAUACAUCCAGGCAGUGAGGGGGCUCCUGAUGGUUGGCCUGUGCCUCGGUCUGAUUGGCACGGUGCUUACAUUUUUUGGACUUGAGUGCACACGCAUCGGUGGAGACCAGAGAAGUAAAGACCGGAUGUUAAUGACAGCCUCUGCUUCCCAUCUGGUCGGCUGCGUCUCAGACUUGGCUGCUUAUUGUUUAUACAUAAACAGAGUGGUUGCAGCUUUUUUGCACAGCAAAGCAGAUCGGUCAAAGCUGAGCUAUGAAAUUGGACCACCCCUGUACCUCGGCCUGGUGGGGAGUUUCCUCAUUUUCCUUGGCUGUACAGUUCACUGUGCGACUGCAUGCAGAGUUAACCAUCCAAAAAGCAGACACCCCAUGGUCCCCUUUAUCUGUGAAAAGGGAGAAGAAAGAGACAUUCUACAAGGACACAAACACACCAGUGGGAAGUCAAAAAUGUCAAAUGACUCCAGAAAAAUCUUCCCUUCAAGAUGGCCUCUGUUGUGACUGUGUGACACUACAGACUCAGUUUAAUUGCCCAGUGCAAGCUGCAAUAAUGGCUGUGACACUGAGGUCCAAAGUUGCAUAAAAUAAUCAUAGUCGGGAAUAUAUUCAGUUGGUUUUAAUCGCCCUACAUGACACUUUGAAUGCUGUUCAAAAUGUUGUCACCAGGACUACCAUUAAAAACUGGUUUAGCCUAAAAAACGGUCACAUUUAAAGAUGUUGACUGUAAACACCAUCCUCCUAAAAUUCCCAUAAACAACACUGAGAACAUGAGCUCAGCGUCCUCAGCAUAUAAUUAAAUGCAUGACUGCUGUCUUUCAAAUGUACAGUUUAUAAAGUCAAAGUCUGCCACAUCAGCUGUGUAUGUACAAAAUAAACAAUGAAAGGAC